GCGCGCGAGCGGGAAGCCGGCGGAGCAGUAGUUAGGCUACCGCUUAGUGGGCAGGACCGUAGAGGCCGGCCGGCGGGGUGGGGCACUGAGAGGAGUUGAGAGGUGUGGCUGUUGGGUCCGGCGGACGAGCGAGAUGGCUACUGAGGCGCGGCUGAAAGCAGAGUUUCGCCUUUUUUGCUUCAGCGCGAAAGGCCCUGUGAAGAUUCUGCGGCUGGUACUAACUGUGACAUCUAUGACCAUUUUUAUUAUUGCACAAGCCCCUGAACCAUAUAUUGUUAUCACUGGAUUUGAAGCCACUAUUAUUUUCUUUUUCAUAAUUUUAUAUAUCCUCAGACUUGAUCGAACGAUGAAAUGGUUAUUUUGGCCUUUGCUUGAUAUUAUCAACUCGAUGGUAACAACAUUAUUCAUGAUCAUUGUAUCUCUGUUGGCACUGAUAAAAGAAAAUACAACAUUGAUAAUCAUUGGAGGAUGCUUAAAGAAAAACAAAUCAACUUAAUCACACUUUAUCCUGGAAAACAAACCAAAAUAAAAAGGUCAGAUCACUUAAUUAAACUUUCAUCUGGUAGUCUGCCAAGAUUCACUUGAUUUUUCUAGGUUCUAAUCUGGAUGAUUGAAUUAGACAUUUUUUCUUCUCUCCUACUUCCUUACUUUUUCAUAGUAUGAGCCACUUAGGAGAACUGACCAUGUUCAGAGAACCCUGUGUGUCAGAACCCUUCUCCUUUUGACUCUCAGCAACUUCAUGAAGGGUUAGAAUUCUAGAAAUGAGACAACACUGUGACAGCCAUUUCUCCCAAUUAUGUUUUGUUUUAUUUUGUUUUUGUUACCAGUAAUCAAACUCAAGACCUCACACUUGCCAGGCAGGCACUGGGCCACUGAGCUAUAUCUUCAGCCUAUCCUGGUUUUAUAAAGACAGUUUUUUCUUUUCCUAAGGAAAAGGCAUAGAAUUUAUGUUCAUUCAUUUAUUUACUCUUUAGUUCAUAUAAUUAUUCCUUAAAUACUGACAAACUAGAGCCCUGCUAUCCAAUACUAACCACAUGGGCUACUGAGCACUGGCAGUGUAGCCGGGCUCCAUUGAGACAAGUUGUAAGUGUAAACUAUACCUUGAAUUCCAAAUAUUUACUACCUCCAAAAAAGGUAUAGAAUAUUUCAUUAAUAAGUUCUUAUACUAAUGAUAUGUUAAAUGAUAAUUUGGAUGCAUUGUACUACAUAAAAUAUAUUAUUAAAGUCAAUUUCAUUGGGUUGUUGAUUUGCUUUGUUUCAUUUUGCAAGACUGAGGACUGAACCCAGAGCCUUCAUGUUGAACUACAAACUUAGCCCUUUUUUUAUUUUUUGAGACAGGGUCUCAUUAAAUUGCCAAGUUGCUCAGGCUAGGCUUGUACUUAGGAUUCUCCUGCCACAGCCUCUCAGAGUUCUAGGAUUACGGACGUGAGCCACUGUGCCCAGUUUAUUUCAUAGGAGAAAGGUUCCAGCAGGGAAAUGGCAGUGUAAAAAGAUCAGUAGGAGGUAUUCAGUGAUCUGACACCAGGCUGCAGUGGCUUGAAACCAGAAGGUAAAGAAGCCAAACUGAGCCAGGAAGCCAGACUUCCUGACAGCUGGAUG